AUGUGGAAUAGGGGCUCACUCGAGCGUGACACGGAAUUAAUGCCGAUUGCCUACCGCCAAAGUGCAGAUUUGCUGACCCAAAGGACAUCAGAGCGCGAGUCUGAAAAAUACUCGGAGAGAGAGACAGAAAGACUCUCCGGAUACAAUGAGUCCAAGCCCAAACAUGGCUGGCUCUUUCAAGGCGGAGACCGGUUCCAAGGCUGGAGGUUCACUAUCUGGCUAGCUUUUGUAGCCAGUCUGAUCGUCUUCUUUUUCAACCUCGGUUUUAUGCUCUAUACUAUCUCUCAUCAUCGAAUGGAUGACAAGAAGGGGAUCUUGUACCAGGGUAAUUGCGAUAAAGUGCAGAAUUUGGACAUUGGCUUCCAUUUGCUGAUCAACAUCUUGAGCACGACUCUGUUGUCUGCUAGCAACUUCGGAAUGCAAUGCCUCGUUGCACCGACAAGACGAAACAUCGAUCGAACUCACGGAAAAGGGAAAUGGCUUGACAUUGGAGUGCCCAGUAUUCGCAAUCUUUUCCGCGUAUCUAAAGGACGAUCGCUACUAUGGAUCUGCCUGGCAUCCUCCUCCCUUCCUUUCCAUCUCAUGUAUAACUCGACAAUCUUCUCAACAACCUCCGUCACAGCCUACAACAUCUUCCUAGGGCAUGGCAAUCUAGACAAAAUACCGUCGCCAGACCUUGAAGUGCCACUCCACGACACGGACAAAUGGUCCUCCUUCAACGGACUUUUGUCAUCUGCAAAAAGCGGAUCUCUGCAGCGUCUCGACCCACAGGAAUGCGUGGACAACUAUGCCCAAACCUUCCAAACAAUAUAUGGGGAUGUCCUUCUUGUCACCGAGCAAGUGCGAACAAACAUUUCCUAUGUUUACCUUACGACGCAGGGGGUACUAGUUCCUCGACUAUACCUAGCUCUCACGCCUCCACAGGCAGAUCCAUAUAAGUGGCUUUGCCCAAGCGAUUGGAGCGGUGACUGCGAAGCGUAUCUGCCGACCAUUCAGGCUCAAAUCAAGGAGGACAAAUGGACCGUGGCAAGUACUAUGUCGUCGGGUGGUGGGUGGAAGGUUGAUUACUGUCUUGCCAAAAAGGCGAGACAAUUUUGCAAAUUGCAGUACUCUUUCCCAUUGACCAUGAUCGUUAUUGCAUUCAAUCUGGUCAAGUCCGCCAUAUUGUGUUAUAUGUGGUUUGGUAUGAAAGAAGCCCCCAUCCUGACCAUCGGUGAUGCCAUUACCUCCUUCCUGCGUCGCCCCGAUCCAUAUACGAAAGGUGGAUGUCUCCUCAACAACCGAGAAGCAAAGGCCAUUUUCCGGGUUUCACCAGCGUCAACUAGAAAGUAUCCACUGCAUGAACCGAGAAGAUAUUAUAGGAAACGGAGACGUUGGGGUAGUGCCGUCUCCACCAGACGAUGGAUGUUCAGUAUAUUCUUAGGACUGCUGGCUGUCAUUGCCUGUAUCGCCCUUCUCGUAUACGGCAUCUCCCAAAUAAGAUCCAAGUCAACCGUCUGGCAAGCAACCCUAGGCGAAGUAAACCCAGGCACCCUCAUAAUUGGCAACGGCUGGCCCAGUACUCUAAUACCAAUCGUGAUAAUUGCUAACAUUCCUCAACUCCUCUUCUCCAUCCUCUAUUUCGCCUUCAACGGCCUCCUCACCGCGAUGAAUAUCGCCGCAGAAUGGAGCGGUUACGCCGUCAACCGAAAAGGACUCCGAAUCUCAGGUAGCCCGUCCCUCUCGCAACGCAGUAACUAUUUUCUCUCAUUGCCAUAUCGCUACGCAAUCCCACUCAUGGUCACCUCUGCUAUUCUGCAUUGGCUCAUCUCGCAGAGUCUAUUUGUUGUGGGAAUUGAAGCAUACAGUCCAACUUUGGAGAGAGACCAGAAUCAUGACAUCCUCACAUGUGCAUACUCGCCUGUUGCAAUUGUCAGUUCCAUUGCGGUCGGGAGCUUUAUGCUUCUCUGUGUCGUUGGGCAAAGUUUUAGGGUGUUUGAAUCGGCCAUGCCCGUUGUGGGAAGUUGCAGUUUUACCAUUGCUGCGGCCUGUCACCCUACUUUUGAUCCAAAUCGUGAAGACAAUGGGGAAGCCGACGAAAGGACGGAGUGGGAAAAUGAAGACGAGGAUAUGGCUCUAUUGCCCGUUCAAUGGGGCUCAGUGCCGGUUGUGGGACCGGUGGGACAUUGCAGUUUCACCUCCGGGGAUGUGGAAGAGCCCUACGGGGGGCAGACAUACCUGUAA